AGGAGUUCGGGUUGCCUCUCCACCCGGACAACAACCGGAUCGAUUUAGUUUGCGAGCGGCAGUGGCUGGAGGCGAUGGAGUGUGAGCUCUAGUGGAUUUCAUGAGGCUGGACGGCGUGCUCGAGACCGAAAGCAGCGGAAUAGUCUAGGAAGGCAUACAGGGGGUUUUGAGCAUCAGCGGAGAGGCCGAGGCCCCGGCAGGGGGACUGUGGCACCAAGGUCGGGGUACGAGGCUGCAUCGUUUCGGACCCCAGGGUCCAGGACAACAUUGUCCCGGGCCCCGGGGGGGGGGGUAUGGAGGCCUGUGAUACCCCUGAAGCGGGAGCCCAUCCUUUUAGUCAUAGGGACCCCCACUGACCCGGCAGCUAGCAAUUGUCACGGUGCUCCAGGGGAAGAGAGGAUAGCCACACUCCAACAGGAGAGUAAUGCUAACCUGAUACUGGGUAGUUGCCAUAGUCUGGUUAAUAACAACCCGGGAGAGGCCCAUCAGGAGGAGGUGAGGAUCAGCCACAGUCCUCUUAAUGGUCAGCCACACCAGCAAGGUGAUAAUGCUAACCUGGGAGGGGGCAUUUGUCACGAUCAGAGUAACAACAAUGUGGAAGAGGCUGAUCUGGGAGGGGUGGAGGUUAGUAACUGCCACCUGAAAAGGGUGUGGCAUCGGGAAGGGAAUAAUACCCAUGCAGAAGAGGGUUGGUGUCACAGUCUGGGUACUGCUUUACCAGAGGAUGGAGGGUUCAGCCCUGGAAAUGAUAACCAUCGGUGUCGAAGGGAAGUGGAGGCCAGCGUAAUGUCUAACAGCCAGUCGGAAGUGAUAGAGGGUGAGCAAGAUGUUCACUUGCAAAAUGGAAGAAACCUGGAGGAUAGAAUGGGUAACUGCUUGCUAGAAAUUGAGAGCUCAAAAGCUGAGCUGGAGAGAGAACAGGCGCAAGGUGGAGUGAAUGUGUUGGCAGCUGAUGGGAAAAGCAGUGAAGAGACUGGGAGAACUGAGGCAGCAUCACUGUGUGCAGCGGAAAGCAGGGUGCCCACACAGGACCCUGACAGAGCAUCACAAGAAAUGGGGGAGAAGGAGGGCAAAGAUCUGUUGAUGGGGAACAGAAUGGAGGGAAUGGGCCCAGAAGCUGGUCUACCUGGGGUGAAUAGUCUGACAACAGAGAAGACACUAGAAGAACAAGGGGGAAGGCUGGAAGUUUGCAUGAGAGAGGAGUUCACACAGAGCGCUUCACUGGCAAAGAAUUUAGAAGAUGAAGCUGUUGAGAAAAGAAUACAGCAGACAAGAAUUGAGGAAAGUGACAGAGAGGGUAACAGCCAAGCCUUGGAACUGAGUGUGGUGUUGCAGGAGGCUAAGAGCACCUAUGAACAGACUCCUGCAGAGUAUGAUGUCAAGAAGGAUUUUGAACUAAUUUUGGAAGCAGAGAGCAGCGUGAAUUUCCAGAAGAAGGAAUGUGAGGAAAUGGAAUUGGGCAGUAAGGAGUUGUUACAAACAGCAGUAUCGCCCUGCAGCAAUUGGCCUUUGCAUUUUGCUCCUCCUCAUGUAUCUUUGGACACUCUCUCCCCUCUUGGAAGCAACAUACCCCAUCCGCUUGCCUUGAUGCCCCCCAACCCGGAUCAGCCCGAUGACUCCACGUUACUCUCACCCACUGCAGACGGUCGGGGAAAGAACACUGUGAAGAGGGUAACUUUUCCCUCAGAUGAGGCAAUCGUUUCUGGUGCAGUGGAACCUAAAGACCCUUGGAGACACGCUCAAAAUGUGACAGUGGAGGAGAUUAUUGCUGCCUACAGGAAGGCCUGUCAGAAGCUGAACUGCAAGCCGAUUAACAAGCUGCUCAAACAGAUCCAAGAAUUUAAACACUUAUCACAGAGGCUGGACUGCUUGGAUCUAAAAGGUGAGAAACUGGACUACAAAGCUUCAGAGGCCUUGGAAGAGGUUUUCAAACGGGUUCAGUUCAAACUAGUGGAUUUGGAGGCAACCAACCUGGACGAAGAUGGGGCGUCGGCGUUGUUUGAUAUGAUAGAGUACUAUGAGUCGGCCACCCAGUUGAAUAUCUCUUUCAAUAAGCACAUCGGGACACGAGGCUGGCAGGCUGCAGCUCACAUGAUGAGGAAGACCAGCUGCCUGCAGUACCUGGAUGCGAGGAACACACCGCUGCUCGAUCACUCCGCGCCUUUUGUAGCUCGUGCGUUGCGGAUCAGCAGCAGCCUCGUAGUGCUUCAUUUGGAGAAUGCCAGUUUAUCCGGCCGACCGCUCAUGCUCCUGGCAACGGCCCUGAAGAUGAAUAUGACGCUGCGAGAGCUCUUCCUGGCGGACAACAAGCUGAAUGGACUCCAGGACGCGGCUCAGCUGGGGAAUCUGCUGAAGUUCAACUGCACUAUCCAGCUAAUGGAUCUGCGCAACAAUCAUAUUCUGGACUCGGGUUUGGCGUACAUAUCUGAUGGGUUGAAGGAGCAGAGACAGGGUCUGGUUACAUUGGUUUUGUGGAACAAUCAGUUAACCCACAAUGGAAUGACCUAUAUGGCAGCUGCCCUGCCCUACACGUUGAGUUUGGAGACGUUAAAUCUCGGUCACAAUGCUAUAGGGAAUGAGGGCGUGCAUAAAUUAAAAGAUGGGCUGAUUGCAAACCGAUCAGUUCUGCGAUUAGGAUUGGCGUCUACAAAGCUCACCUGUGAAGGUGCUGUGGCUGUGGCAGAGUUCAUUGCUGACAGCCCCCGUCUCCUCCGCCUGGAUCUACGUGAGAAUGAGAUCAAGACUGGUGGGCUCAUGGCUCUCUCGCUGGCUCUCAAGGUCAACCAUUCACUGCUGAGGCUUGACCUGGACCGGGAACCCAAGAAAGAAACGGUAAAGAGCUUCAUUGAAACGCAAAAGGCCCUGCUCACCGAGAUCCAAAAUGGUUGCAAAAGGAAUUUCAUUCUUGCAAAGGAAAAGGAAGAGACAGAACAGAAGAUGCGGCAGUCUGCCUCAAUGCCAGAGAUCACUGUGACUCUGUGCGAUAAGACAGAUGAGUUGCAGAAUAUCCAAACCUGCACAAGGGAUGAGGAAUCAGGAAAUGGAGGAGCCCAGGGAAGUGUUCCGACUAUGACUGAGGACACUGAACACUUGAAUGGUGCUGGUAAAUCGAGGGUUUCUACCCUUUCCGUGGAAUGUAAUUUGACUGAACUAGAUGAAUCGGUGCCACAGACUGGUCUGAUCAAGCCACUUAACUCUGAAGAACAGCAGGCUGCUUCAGAAAUACCUUCUGGGAAGGAGACUGUCAUGGACUCCAAGGCCGAUGGUGUGGACAGCCCAGCCACAGUUGGUAACCCUCAAGAUACCACCGAAUUAAAGUCCGAAAGUCCAGUCGCUGUCAGCCCACCAGUAGAGGUCCCAUCACGAAACAAUGAGAGGCUUGUAUCCAGCCCAGGGAGAGGACACAAAGUCUUUGUGGUGACCAGAGUAGAAAGCCCACCGGAGGACCCCAGCAAUCGUGAUGCACAGUGGGGAGAAGAAGCACUACAGAGCAAAAAGAAUAGGACCACAGAUAAUGAGGCAGAAUCCCCCUUGGAGCUUUGUCCUGGUUCAGUAUCAAACACUACAACAGCUGACACAGUUCCAGUCCCAGUCUCUGAAAGAAGUGUCCCAUCCAGGAGCCUGCCGAAUCAGGAAAAGUCAGUAGAGUACACUGGGCAUGACUUUGAGACAGUCUGUGCUAAAGACUGUGAUCAUGUGAUGCAUGGGGGCACCUUACCAAAUGGAUUCAAAGCCGACCUUGUGCAUAGACUGCCUGAAUUAGCAGUGUUAGCAACAGGGAAGGAUGACAAAGCGUUGAGCUGCCACAUCGAGCAAGAGUUUACAAGUCCUAAAACUGAAAAGGAAUUGGAGAAGUUAUUGCUGGAAGCGAGCCAGGAAACCUGCCGUGAAACAUCGUGAAGUUGAGCUGUGUCCUUUGGGUCCUGCUGGAUGUACUGAAGCUGACCUUGAAGAUGCCUGUGCAGUUCCCCCACCCACCUACUCUCCAAUCCUCCUCCUCCUCAAAAAAAACAAAAAAAAUUUUUUCUCUCAGACUUCUCCUCACUGCCUCUCUCACGGUGUCAGACUGCCCACCAUCGCCUGCAGCAAUGGUCCAUUCCGUCCCUCCUGCAGGGAAUGAGUUCCUAGUGACCUGGUUUUAUUUUGGUUGGAGUCGGUACCAAAGACGUGCCACCCAGGGGAAAAGAGGCUGGCUUGCAGUGCGCAGUCCAGUGGAAGGGUGGUUCCUCCUCACUGACAUAACAAGUGUCACUGUCUAGAAUCUGAAUGAGUCAACCCCAUGCACUAUGGAUUUUCUACAUUAUAUUGUAACAAGGCUUGGUUUGAACUGCAUUUCCCUGUUUCCACUAUUGACAUUAGUCCUAGCAAGAGGUAGGACCAAUAUUCAGGAGGCCUGUUCCCCCUUCCCAAUACUGACUUGUCUCCACUGUGUCUGUCUCUGUGUUAUUGACACUAUUUGUUUGUGGAUGGUGGGGAUGAAAACAUUGCACUAGUAAAGGGAAUUUUCAGCCCAGGUACUCUUUAUGGUAUAUCUCACCCAUGAGACUUUCUCCUUUAGAAGCUAUUUAGUUUGGUCUUUAUUGAUGUUGGUUUAAUGUUUUGAGGAAGUGGAUCGUGCAAGGCAUUGGCAGCUUGAACACUAGGAUCUUCAUUUAGGAGUGUGGUUGCACUGAGCCUUGUACCUGCUGGGAGCGAUCUCAUUAUAAACCACGUAGAUAGCUGUACAUGGUUAUUAUCUCAAUGACAUACAGGCAACUGGAGAAUAACUAUUUGAAAGUUAAUGAGUUUGGUCAGUGACACUAGUCAGAAUCACUACAAAACAGAUCACUGCUUUGCUGUUGUAUUGAAUGUGGGAGCUAGCUGCAUGCAAAUUGGCUGCAAUCUCCCUUUCUUUAUGAUAACAAUCGUACGUCACAAGUUAUUGUCUGGAUUGAACUUUGUGGAGUCCUGUGCCCAUAAAGACACCAAACGCAAGCAAGUCCUUUCUUUUCUGGUGAUUGUCCUAACUCUUAUUUUAAGUCAGUCAUUCCAUGUGGAUUUCUGCAUUUUUUUGUCAAAUUUUCAGGGAACAGGAGGCUGAAAGUGAUGGAAAUCACUUUAAUCAUGAUUCUUGACUCGGUUGCCAAAAAUGUCUAGUGAUUUUUUUUUAAAGUGUGGAAAAAUAAUGAUUGUACUCUCGCAAUCAGUCAAAUUUACACAAAAGCUGUUUUCGUUUCAUCAGACAGUAUCAUUUAAGACUAAGAUUGCACCCUGGUAAUGGAUUAGACUAAUACUUUGAGAACCUCCCUUGCUCUGUCUGAUUUUCCUGGCACAAGCACUGCUUAUUUUAAACAUCACAUCAACCAAAACUGAUGAUUGCUCAAAGCCAAAGCCUCUGCGUAGUUCCGUCCUUCCUGCUGCAAGCUGUCCACUAGGCAGUUGACAAUGCCGCCUUUGUAGCGCUGCCUUUCCAAUCAGACAGAAAAUUUAUCUUGAAAUCUCUGGUGUCUAGAAUGUGCCGGGAAACCGGUUCUUGACACAUCUGUCAACAAAUCUCUGGGCUGACUCCUUUGUAGAGCAGUCAUUAUAAGUAUUAAACCAUUUCUGUCCAUCGUUUUAGAUUUUGCUUUCAAUAUCAGGUACCAAACAUUUUUGCUUCUUAAUGUCAUUUUUUGGUUCCCUGAUGUGUCAAAUAAGGCACAUGGCUUCAAGCUUAUGCAGUAUCCCUUGCAAUGAGCUAUCUAUGGAGAAGAAUGGUCUGUAUUUUAGCCUGGCUGAGAGAGAAAUCACAAGGAUCUGUAAGCUUUAACAUUUCCAUAUACUAUCUCCAGGUACACUAUAGAACUACAUCGAUUUCUUUCUACACUGUUUCUUGGAAGGAUUGCUUUGUGGUACAGAGUAACAAACAAAAGUAAUGUGUGAUAUUGAUAAUAUAGAUCAAAUUAUUGAUGAUUCAUUCCCUCUAUCUCAUGUGAUGUUUAGGGAAAAUAAAGAUUAGCUUCUUUGAUAUAAACUAGAGUUAUUAUACCCAGCUUUAGCUGCAGUGUCACGUUACCUCACUAUUAAUUUACCGCCAUUUAAAAUCAAUUUCAACUUAAGCCUACUCUUUUCAAUUGAAAGAAAUUUCCAUGUGGAAAAGCUACAGGGGGUCAGAUGGAAGCUGGUUGCCUUGUCUGUGACAGGUGUAUUUUGCAAAGAAUUAAGGCUGUAUUCGGUACCACAGGGACUAGACUGGGUCAGGAGCAGGAUAUUGGCUCCCAGUUCUACCUCGGUGAAGAUGUAGUGUUUACGCUCAUUGUGUUACACUCUGUUCCUUACGCAGGAAAGAUUUAUAGUCAUAAAAAUGGCAAUAAGGAAAGAUUAAUAAUACAUCCAACUCUAAUGGAAUAGAAACUAGUGUGUUUUGUAGAGAAAUUAAUGCUUCAAUUCAGGCUGUCAUAUCAACAUUAAUUCAUUAAGGCUUUCCUUUUGUGUGUUAUUGUCCAAGUCUAAAGUUUAUAUAGGUGUGUAUGUAUGUGUGUGCGUGAGUGCACGUUUGCUUGACUCACAUGGGAGAUAGGCUUGUGAUUUAGAGAAGACAAGCUGACCCUAGCAUGCUGAGCAACAUGUAUGUGUUACCCAGGCACACUUCACAACCUCAGUUGCAGCUCAGGGUGUACACGGACCGUCAUUUGCCAACUCCUGACCCCAGCUACGGAUAUACAGGCUGUUUUUAAAAUUCUUGUGAUGGUUGAUCUCUCUGACUUACAAGCAAAAAAUGAUGCGCCAGCCUAGAUCCUACCAGAACUCGGCAUCUUCUCCAAGACUUGCAUAAGAAUCGUGACAAAUAGGAACACAUGCAUGUUGCAAGUGGACACAGACCAAGCUGAAACCACAUGAUGGAUAGUGCAAAGUUACAGACAGACCAAUACAGAUUACUUUUCUAUGAGCUGUGUAAAUCGCAAUGUGCAGUCAUUGGUAUGAAUCGGCAUGCGAUCCACGUGUAUGACUAAUUGGAGACGGUCUCAGGAUGGUAUUGGAGAGAGGAGAACUUAACACAUGCAAGCACAUCCUCGUUUCUUACUAGUGCAUCUACAAAGUCAGCCUGCAAUGUGAGCAGUGGGUUGUUGCUCCAAGAGUUGUACCUGACUGAUCCCAAAUGAAACCGGUGGAGUCAUCUAUCCUAUCAUCUGAGUGCUUGACUCCCGAGGUCUUCUUAAAAAGUGCAAUAAAUGCCAUGCAAUGAGCAUAACUGCAUGCAGGUUACAUUUGGACAUGUAUAAACUGAUGCUGUGACUUUCUAGCCUUUAAAUGCAGAGAAUCUGCAUAUAGCAUAACACUAUGUAUAGAGGUACGUGUUAACUUGUGUCACAGGGCUGCUUAAAGUCUGAUUCUAUUUUUUCCCUGUUAUGUACUCCUCUUGAGGUCUUGUAAUAAUUGUGAAUUGUUUUUCUUCCCCUCCCUCCCCCCCUUUUUUUUGACUGAUUCACACACUUGAGGAAUAGUGUGGCUGACACAAAGAUGUUACUUGACACUGUCCAGGCACUGCAGCAGUCUGGGGAAGGAGUGAGUUUUGCAUCCUGGCAACAAACUCUCUGUCAGAUCCAGGCUCUGAUUACUGUACUACUUUCUGAUUUCAGUGGGUCUUGCUCUCAUUUUAAAAACUCAGCACUGAACGUCCUCCAUUGCAGGUUAAGCAUCUGCUGGAGCACCAAAUCCUCUUCAUAACAUGUUGUUAUGAAGGCAUCUAGGAUCGAUGUCUGAAAUAAAUGGGUAGAUACAAUGGGCCCAACAGCAGGGACAGCCCUUCUGAGAAAUAAUACACUACAGUGACAGAUUUAGCUUUGGUUUACAUUUCUGCUCAAAGCAAUUAAAACAAGUGUAGUGGCCUCAAUCCCAGACACACUGUCAAUGUAAUGAGUUUGGGAUCUUCCUCACAAUAAGGGUACAUUUAUUCGCAACUGUUGUUCAGCAGCAUUCCAAUUGCACUCCUUCAAGGCUAUGUGUAUGAAGGUGAAUACUUCUGAAACCAUUUACUUGUCUCUAAAUUACCCAAAGGGCUUUUAGUUUUAAUAUGAGCUAAUUUAUUUGUGGACUAUGCAGUGAGAUUAGUGGAUGUGUUUGGAUCCAUGUUAAUUUUUUUUUAAAUUGUACUUAAGUUGGAUUUGGGAACCACUGGUGGAGCUAGUAUUUGUGGAGCACCUUCUAUAACCCUUGAGAAUGUGGUGGUGGGAUUAUAACACAACAUUAUGUUUUCCAUCUACCCUUGAGAAGAUGGUGGUGUUAUUAGGGCACAUUAUGUUCUUUGUCUACCCUUCUACCCUUGAGAAGGUGGUGGUGGUAUUGGAAGCUAAUGACAACCUUCUGAUUCGGGGCAGGAAAGGAGUGACAAUAUUAUUUUCUACUGAGCCAUGCUGGGUCAAGAAACCAUCACAUCCCCCCCCCCCCCUCCCCAAGAGUAACUUGCACUCAACUAGGUCAGCGAUGGACUUCCCAGUAGAGCUGAGAAAAAUUGGCCAUGGCUCUCAACAUUGGACUUGUACUGAGUCCUGGGUUGGAUGCCUCCCCUCCCACACACCCAAGCAGAGUCUCUGGUCAGAUAUCUGAAUGCCAAAAGGUUUCACCACUUUUGUCAGAGGAGGGGAGGAACCGGGGGCAAAAAAGCAUAUUUGCAGUGAUCACAGUGAGCCAGAUGUCUGAUUCCACAGAAGGGGACAGGGACAGGAUCUUGAGGAUGAACUGGGACAUGGCACAUUGCCAUUUAUAACUCGCAAUGUGAUCAGAGAGGGAUGAGUACCAUUUUCCCCACUGAAACACGCAAUGCAGAGGCUGGUUGGUGUGGAUAGCAGGGAAACCAACUAGUGAUUCCUGAUUCUACUUUAUUAAGCAAUUGUUAUGGUUUUAAGAAUUACUUGAGGUGGCCUUUCUGGAUGGAGAAUGCAUCAGCUGCAACACUACUACCUGUGGGUUCAGAACAUAUCAGCUUGGUUCCCCACUGCUUGACCCAGCACUGUACUCUGGACAAAGCCAGCACCAACUCUGUCCUUGUGUACUGACCCCUCAUUGCCUCAUACUAACCCUGGUUGGUCCCUACAAAAACCUGCCCCACACCUGAUGCAGUUUAAGUACAUGGAGGAUUUCCUGUUUCCAGCAGUACUUGGACACAGGUGAAAGAUUUUCAGUGCUGUGGAAGCUUAGUGCAAUCUGCCUGUAAAUGUUGUAGAGUACCAAAGUAAAUGGAAGAAUUUGUGAUUCCACAGGUGACUGCUGAGAAUCUCAGCCAAUCCUGGGCCAGUUAAUCUGUUCAAGAGUUGACACUAAUACUAACACUGGGAGCCAGGCUAAAAUUCUUCCCCACACUGAUGUCUACUGGCUGAUUUACUUUCUCUUGUGCCUUCACUACCUCCCACCUUUUACGCAGCUUCUCAUUGUCAUGGGUUCAUUUCAUAGGUUCUGGUGGGAUCCUUCCUGUCCACACUGAGCUUAUCACUGCACUCUAUGUCUCUGGCUCCCUCUCUGUCUCACUGUCUGCCUGCCUCUCUCUCUCUAACUCCCUCUUCCCCUCCCCCAAUCACCACUCCAUCUCCACCUUCCCUCUCACUCUCAGUCCCACUCUCUCCCUCACCCCUCACAACCCCUUUUUCUUUUUCAGUCCAAACCUAACUCAACCAUAUCAUUUCCUUUGCUUCCUAUCUGAAGCUCCCUGACCACAACACUGGUAUUUAAAGUCACCAUAGCUGUCGUCGUAACUAAGCCUAACCCACUGACUGUAAAGACGGACAGUUACUCAGACCAACCUGUGCCACAUCUUCCUGUCAACCUGGUCUAUCACAACGGUUAUUAUUUUCCAGAGAGAUUAUACGCCUUGUAUUUCUUUAAUCAGCUCAUAGGAACUGCCAGUAUGCUGUGUUGUUUAGAAUCCUUUACUAGAGUGCACCGUGGAAGUGUGGGGGUUCACCUGGAGUUUUUGCUUUUUGUCCAUGUACCUGUGGGUGACAGAGCAUGCAUCUCCACCCACAAUCUGUCCAUGUUGAUGCCUCCUCAAGCCACUUGAUUGGUCUGUUGAAGUGGAUGUACCCUCCACUGGGCUCCUCUAGGUCUCUGAGAUGAACCUAAUGGAAUUAUGUGAGUUUUAAGCAUCUUUGGAUUUAUUCAGAAUCUUGGGUAAUAAUUACAAUUAAAAAAAUUCUUUAAGUUAA